AUGGCCAGAAGAUGGCAGAAGUUUGCGGCCAUACAGAGGAAGAGGAUUUCAGUUCCAAGAAAUGGCAAUGCUGCAGAUAGUUGUAGUACUUCAUCUUUUAUAGCCGGUAAAGGCCAAUUUGUAGUGUAUACAACUGAUCAAAGGCGCUUUGUCAUUCCCUUGGCUUACCUGGAAAAUGAAGUCAUUUUGCAACUUUUAAGCAUGUCUGAAGAAGAGUUCGGGCUGCCAAGUGGAGGCCCUAUUACAUUACCGUGUGAUUCAGCUGUCAUGAACUACAUGGUUUCACUAAUCAAGAAAGGUGCAGCUGCUGGAGAUCUUCACAAAGCAUUUCUCCUCUCAGUUACUUCAUGUUGCUGUUCAGCUUCUUCUUUGCACCAAGAGUGGGGAAACCCACAGCUCCUUGUUUUUUAG